UAUGCGGAUUUUUCGAACAACGAAUAGUGUUCAGUGUGUGUUUUUUGCAGAAAAACUUGUUAAUUUUGGUCAUUGAUUUUCCACUAAAUAAUUAACAAAUUCAACUAUAAGAUAAUUGAUAUUACAGUGCAGAACUUCAUAAAAUCGUUUGUGAGUGUCUUUUUUGGAUAUUGGAAAAUAGAUUCUUAAAUUCUCUCCAUCAAUUUUUUUUUUCGAAUUUCCUACAAAAGUGUGAAAAGCACAUUAUCUGGAGAAAGAAAGAGAGGAAGCAAAAUAGCUCCCUCGCAAUGUCUCAACCGGUGACUUCGGACACCGUCAAUGGUUCGGUGAAUUCUACCGGAGAAAAGACAAAAACACCCACCCCGGAACAGAGCAAUCACCAGCCAAAUGUGCGACACAUUCCGAUCUUCGUUGAAGGUCGUGAUGAGCCAGUGAUUAACAGAAACCUUGACACCUCAGCGAGUGGAGAGACUCCUCAAGCGUCAGGAAGUGACAAGGGAUCUCCAGGAGGGGGAUUUGGUGAACCAGGGAGCCUAUUUAAUCGCGUCAAGAGAUUUCCCGUACUAUCAAAUUUCGACAGUGAACUCUUUCAGCAAUCUGGAGCACGAUCUGCUUCGCCUGGACGUACAAUCCCCAUCAAAGUCAACCAUCAAACGCCUCAAUCAAAUUCUAAGGCUCCUGAAGUGCCUGACAUGGAGAAAAAGUCCCCUGUGCCACACAAUAAGCCUUCUGGCCAGGUGCCCAAACCUCCUGAACCCAAAAAACUUCCAAAAGAAGAUUUCAUUGGGAAAAUUGAGAAAAUCCAAAAAGACGUGCUGUCUCUGAUGGAUCAAGUGGAAAAAUUUACUGGAACAUCACGAAAGGAUAAGCAAUAUAUAUAUUUGGAUGAGAUGCUGACCCAGAAUCUCUUGAAAUUGGACACAAUCGAUGCUGAUGGAAAUGAAAAAGUAAAACUAGCACGCAGAAGUGCCAUCAAGUGUAUCAAUGAGUGCAUUUCUGUCCUUGAACAAAAAACUGAUGCAGCUGCGACAGCUGCCAAGAAUUCAGAGGCAUCCCAGGAAUCCUCAAAGGUGGCCAAUGAUACAAAAAAUGAAACUAGUCAAGCUUAAUGUUAAGAAAAUUGGGCGUCUGUUGUAAUAACAAAAAUUCUCCAAGGUAAACUAUCUUUUAUAGAAAUUUUCAGUAUCAAUUAUUCCAUUUUGCCUGUAUUUUGAAGUCGAUAAUGUUGCAGUUAAUAUCUCUGAAUAUAUUAUCUUAAUUUAGAAAAGUAAAACUAUAGGAAAAAAUGUGAAUUACUCCCUUCUGAAUAUUUAAAUAGUAAUUAUCCUUGCAAGAGGCUUCUGUUAAAAAACAAACACACACACACAUUCUUCUAUUUUACACUUUGCAGCUUAAGAAGUUGACAAUAUGAACUUGAGAAAAAAAUAUUUCAAACGUAUUAUAAAAUUUUAUGGCCUGGAAAAAUGAUUCCAAAGUCAAUUUAGAAAUCCCUAAUAAAGUCAGAGUUAUCAUUUGA